GCGCCUGCCACCAGGCAACCCCCCCGCGACUCACCUGUAAUCCGCACCACGUCGUGCUGGUGCGCUUGUUUUCUUCCCUUAUCAAGCGGCCGAUCUUCGCGCCUCUUGCCCUCCACGUCAUCAUCUCAACGGCUGAACUGCUUGUUGCUUUCUCUUCCUGCACUCCUUCGCACACCCCUCCCCCCCUAUUCCCUUAUUUAAUAUUCCCCUCAUUCCCCAGCUUUGGGCCCGCGACUCUGCGCUGCGCUGCGCCCGUCCGCCGCCGCCGCCGCCGCCUGUUGCUGCUGCUGCUGUCGCUCCUCCCGCCGCCGCCGCCGCCGCCUGUUGCUGCUGCUGCUGUCGCUCCUCCCGCCGCCGCUGCAACGUCAUUCGGCAGCCCGCUGCUAGCCUGCCUGCCUGCCUGCCCGCCUCUGCACGCACCUGGAUGCACUCGCCCCUCACCACGACAGAUGCCCGCUGUUGCUCUUAGGCCUCCCCGUUUGUACUCACCAUGCAGUCCAUGUUCCGCCUCCCCUGGUGUAACGAGUCGCCCGGCGACAAACUCAUGGAAAAGUCUGCCCUGCACAAGUCAAGACCCUUGCCCGUCGUCGACAUGCCAAACUUUAUGAACAAGAUCAAGCGGAAGCGGACAGACAGUCCCGAGCCGUCGCCCGCGCAGCAUGCGCAUGUAGUGAAGAAAUGGAAAGACGCCCACGGUGACGUGAAGCCGAGUAGUGCCGUCGAGAGUGCGCGCCCGGCGGCGGCGGCGGCUGCCACUGCUGCCACUGCUGCCGCUGCACACGCGGCCAAGAAAGAGAGCCCAAGUACCAGCAAGAGCAGGGCCCUCAAGUCCCACCACGCGCCUGCCAAACCAGAGCCGACCGCCGGCAGCCCUUCUGCCAACGCCUGCAAGCAACAUUCCGAGGCCGCCUCUUCCACCACGCCCGCCACCACCAUGGACUCGGCCCUGACGCCUGUGCAGCAGGCCAUCGAGGCCCAGAUCAACUACGAGAUCCUGCUCAAGCACAACGAGCUGCGCUUGAUCGAGCAGGAGCUGGCCAAGUGCCAGGUCUCGCUCGAGCAACUGCGCCGCUGCUCGUUGAUUCCCUUCCCCGGCACCGACGGCCUCAGUGAAAGCGUCAGCCUGGGCGUGGGCCCGUCUCUGCAGCCAACCCCGGGCUACACGCAGCCCCAGUACGCUGCGCCCUGGGGAGUGACCGACGGGCCCUACACCCGUCACUACGCCAAGUGGCUCAUCUCGGACGUCAAGUUUGACCCUGUUUCCGAGCGUGCGCUUGCCCAGCAGGCUCACGGUUACUUUGGCCAUGGUGAGGGCAGGACGACGCGCGGCAGCUUUGCUGACUACGGCUCAGCUCACAGAGGCCGCACGUCGCGAACUUCGACUGGAAUGUUGAAGCUCACGCCUCUUGGUGAAACUCCAGCCCCAGCCCCCAAGGUCGACCCCCUAUUGCACAAGCGCUCCACCGACGGCCAGUGGGUGCGCCUCUACUGCGCCCAGUGUGGCCACAGCAACUUUUCAAACACGCAGGGCUUCCUCAACCACUGCCGCAUCAAGCACAACCAGGUCUUCAAGAGCCACGACGCUGCUGCCAUAGCAUGCGGCGUGCCCGUCGAGUCUGCCGAAGUGGCAAAUCCGGUUGCCGCAACGGAGCCCGCCAGCACACCCGCGGCUACACCGACAGUGUCUUUUCCCGUCCCGGCUACUCCAGGUAUUGUCCACCCGCUCGCUUCGCACGCUGCUCCCCCUGCACAGGCUCCACAAGUGCACCGUGACCUGAACACUUCGCUGCCUGGCGAAUCCAAGUCUGCCACGCCAGCUAGCUUCAAGUCAUCGUCGACGCCCUACCUGGCAGCCCGCUUUCACAACAGCGGCGCCCACGGCGACUUCAAGGAGCUCGUCGACACGGCCCGGGCCAAGAUCGACUUGGAUGCCAUUGAUACUUCGGAUGACGACAGUGCCGACAACAGCCUUGCCCCCACCCCUGUAACCACGUCGGCCCCGCAUCUCGCCCGUCUGCCUGCCAGCGCACCUGCAAGCAAAACUCCCGCAAGAGCAGGUAGCAAGAAGGCCUCUUCGCAUCCAAGUCAAACGCGCCUGCACAUGUCUCUGCCGUCUCCCGCAAAGUCUGAAGGCGACGACCAUCUGCCAGGCUCGCCCAUAGACCUCAGCCCCAACACCGUCGAGUCGAAUCCGGGUCUAGUUAGCGACCAUGACGACGACGACGACGAUGAUGCAGACGAUGCGCAUAGCCAGCCUGACCUUGCUAUUGACGAUCACGUCAUGGUCGAGGACUCGAGCGACGUUGAAGGUGUGCAAGAACGCCGGGGUUCUCGGCCCGCCAUCCACGGGUGUUUUGAGAAAGGAGAGGGUAGUCGUGAACAUUGAACAUGAAAGCGAGUUAGGUCCGGCUUUUGGUGUCAUGUCCGGUUGUCCUGUCAUUUCUUUCUUCUUCUUCUUCUUCUUCUCCUCCCC